UUCCCAGAGUUCCGUGCGAAUGCAACGGGUUUCGGUGAAGUCAUGAGAAAGCGCCGUUUGUUUUUGUUCUUCACGCGUUAUAAAGCUCCGCCGAGCCUUCGGAUGAUUUUUAUUUAUGCAUUUUCCGCACCGCCAGGCUUUUAAGAGCGACACGGGAUAGUCCUAAAGAGCAGCGCGUAGCCUUGGAACAUUCAAACAUGCAAUUCUUCACUAACUUGUUUGCUGUAUAGUGGAACCAUACUUUCGUAUGUUUCAACGGCUUGCAGGGGAAAUAACGUUACUGCUGAAAAGGGAGUUGCAUCGCUUCGUGUUUAGAGUCAAAUGGAUAGAUUCACACUUCCAAACUGACCUGUUUGAUAUAAAGGGUGGUAACUUAAAUGUUUUUAAUUCGCUCAGUCUGCUCAAUGAGACUGAAACAUAUGUUUUGGAGUCUAUGACACACUCAAUUUACUCUCGGUUAGAUUCAGUGGAAUCGCUAAUCAACGAGCUUCCAUAUAUGUUUUAUCUCGGCCUGUUUUUUGUUAAUGUCUUAAUUCUCUACUAUGCCUUCUUAAUGGAAUAUAUAGUCCUUAAUGUAGGAAUAGUAUUCUUGCCAGAGGAUAUGGACCAGGCACUGGUGGAUUUGGGUGUACUUUCUGACCCAGCCUCAAUUCCAUAUGGCACAGACGCUGAGCUGGAUGUUUUUGAGGGUUAUCUGGAAUAAACAAACCAUGAUUGACACUUCCAGCCGAAGCCUUUGUGGGGAAGAUGCCAUUUGGCUGGUUCAUUUGGUUACUGGAGAACCAUUGUCAAAGCGAACUACAUAUGAUAUCUGCAGACAUAAAAGAAUGCUGCAAAAGUGGUCAACCUAUAAAAAAGUGACUUGCAUGAAUAAAGACUUCCAGGUUCAGAGGACUGACCUGCAAGCAAGCCAUCGUGCCACAUGGAAUAUUUACCUGGAACAUACAAGCCGAACUGCCUUUGUGGUUUUCGAUGGAACAGCCAGCCAGUGUCUCUUCAGAGAUCAAAUUCAGGCACUAACCACUACUUUGUGGAAAAAAUAUUACAUUAGCCUAUUUAUUUUUAGUUUGGCAUUCAGUACUCAUGCAGGAUUCUGUGUCAGCCCUGCAAGGGAUUGUUAUUACUCUAUAGGCAGAACCCUUAUACGUGGUCAGCCUCGGCAUGUUGUCGUUCCCUUUAAUAUUAUUUAAAUGAGCAAUAUGUCAUGAGACAAACCGGUGUUCUAAGUUUUUCCUGAAAGUCUCUCUUAGGAACCGCAUAUUUGUGACAGCCUGAGAAAGAAAUAUUUGUCUGAGGUUCACUUUGUGUUGUCAUAUUUGACUUUCAAAAAUCUGGUGCAUUAUUUUAGAAACUUUGUGUGUAACAUCUGACUUCUCUGGUCUAAAUGAGAUCCUAUGAAAUAACAAUUGUUUGCUAAAAAGAUAAAGGUCAUCGACCAAGAUCUAGUUUAAAACACAUGUCAGUUUCAGAAAUGUGCUGUUUAUAAUUGUUAGUUUCAUAUGGUUUUGAAAAACAUAUAUGCCAUUUUUAAGAAAGGUUUCAGUUUAGUGACUCAUGUGGUGUGUUCAUCAAUUAAAAAGUAAUGCACAUAUUACAUAUUCUAGCUUAUUUAAGCAUAUAUAUGUACAGUAAUUAUUUUAUGAAUAUCAUUGUGGGGGAUU